GCUGACCAUUAUUAUAGUAGAGUUUGUGGUGGUUGUUUUGACGCUCUAUGUCUUGUCAAUCGCGUUGUACUUCAGGUACCUCUCGGUGAUCUACGUCGUUUUCUUUGGGGCAAGUAUCGCCGCGUCCUUGGGUGCUGCAACAAUGGCAGUGCUUCGGGCCUGCCACAGCACCAGUGCAAAGGGAAACGAGACAGCUGACCUGGUACACGAUCUUCUUAACGGUGGAACCUUGAACGAGAAAGAAGCCCAACAGCUUGCCCUGUUUUCAAUGCAAACUGCACAUCGAGAUGUCGCCAUAGCUCCAAUGGGUCUGUUUAAGAUGGAUAUGGCUUUUGUCCUGUCGUUUUGCUCCACUGUCGUUAUGUACGUGGUAAUGCUGCUUCAGUUUAAGACGGCCUGAGGCAAGCCAAUCCAACACGCACUGUAGAAGAAUGGGGUGUUAGAUAGUGAGAUGAGCAACGGCUAC